AUGGUAUUUGAAACACUCGUUGCCAACUUGUUGAACAAGUACUUGGGCGAAUUUGUGGUCAACUUAGACAAAUCUCAACUCAAUAUAGGAAUCUGGGGAGGCGAUGUGGAAUUGGAAAACUUGCAAUUACGCGAUGGAGCGCUUGAUAAAUUCAAUUUGCCUAUUCGUGUUCACAAGGGAUUCUUACAUAAGUUGGUACUGAAAGUACCGUGGAAGAAUUUAUAUUCUCAGGCUGCAACGGCUACUAUUGAUGGUCUUUAUAUACUCGCUGGGCCAAGAACUGGUAAUGAAUACAGCAGUCUAGCUAUUACGAUAUUUUCUUUGCUGUUCAAAAUACCCAAAUUUCUAUAUACAACACCCAUUUUUUUAUCAAGAUAA